AUGCCGAAAAACAGCGUCGUUAUAGACAGAAAAGAGAAAGAGACAGUGACCCAGAAUGGAAGUGGGAAAACGCUUCAGAUGCGCUUGUUAAGACUGAAAAACGAAUGUACAUCUCAAACAAGCAUGGGGCAGGAAACUCCGAGAACAAAGACAAAAACGUAUAAAACACUGGUCUACAGAGAAAGGGAAGACAGCGAAAAAAGAGAGGCUCACUCGGUAAAUGAGAUGGUCCGUGCUUUUAAUGAGAGCGAUGACAUAAGUCGACUCACAGCAGGAUAUUUCAUACAUUGUCAAGAAGUUCCACUGAAAUCUUAUUCCGGACAUUUCAUAAAACCUAUGGGUGUCACCUCUCUUAUCUGUCAUUAUAGAGGUCAAAACUUUAAUGUGAACUUUUACAUAGUCAAAAGUGAUGUGCAAGCUAUUCUAGGAGCUAAGACCUGUCAGGAAAUGCAAAUGUUACAACGCAUUCACAACUUGACCCCUAGUGAACUACUUCCAGAUAACAUAGUGAAGAGCUAUGGACAUCUGUUCAAAGGCCUAGGUUGCUUACCUGGUAUGCACACUAUACGAGUUGACAAGACCAUCAGUCCUGUAGUUCAUCCUCCCAGGAAAAUCCCUAUUGCUAUCAAGGACAAAGUCAAGGCAGAGCUAAAUCGCAUGACUGAACUGGGUGUUGUGGUCAAGCAAGAAGAACCUACUGACUGGGUGAACUCGAUGGUCACUGUCAUCAAACCAAAUGGCAAAAUCAGAAUUUGCAUCAAUCCAAGAGACCUGAACAAGGCAAUCCUUCGUGAGCACUACCCACUGAAAACUGUGGAGGAAGUUAUAUCACAGAUGCCAGAUGCAAAAGUAUUUUCGAAACUCGACGCUACUAGUGGAUUCUGGCAGCUAAGACUGGAUGACAAUAGCUCGAAAUUAUGUACAUUUAACACUCCCUUUGGCAGAUAUAGAUUUACACGUUUACCUUUUGGGAUCAAGUCUGCGCCAGAAGUUUUUCAGAAAGUAAUCUCGCAAAUGGUUUCUGAUAUUGACGAAGCAGAAGCAAUCAUUGAUGACAUCCUGGUGUGGGGAACCAAUCAAGAAGAGCAUGACACAAGACUAAAGAAAGUUCUGGAGAGAGCAAAAGAGUACAACCUGAAACUCAGUGCAGAAAAAUGUGAGUUUAGAAAAUCAGAAGUCACUUAUGUUGGACACCGACUUACAGCUGAAGGAAUCAAACCUGACCCAGAAAAAGUCCGAGCUGUCAACAACAUGUUAAAACCUACCUGUCUGAAAGAACUCCAAACUUUCAUGGGUUUUAUUCAAUACCUAAGCAAGUUCUUGCCUCGGUUAUCUUCAGUCAGCGCACCACUUAGAACAUUGCUUGAAAAAGACAUUGAUUGGCAAUGGUAUGAGCAAAAAGAAACCAGCUUUAAGAAACUAAAGGAGAUGGCUACCAGUGCACCGAUUUUACAGUACUAUGACCAAAACAAGCCUCUUACCCUAAGUGUUGAUGCUAGCUCUAAAGGACUAGGAGCCGUACUGAUACAAAACCAGAGACCAGUUGCUUACGCAUCAAGAGCAUUAACACCAACACAACAGAAAUACUCUCAAAUCGAGAAGGAAACGCUUGCUAUCUCAAUUUUCCACAACCACUGCAUCAGACACCACCAAGACUUAAACGACUCACUAGAGAAAUAUGAUCUUGAAGUAAGAUACAAACCGGGAAAGGAGAUGUUUCUGGCGGAUCAUCUUAGCAGAUCGUUCUUACCUGAGACCAAAGAAGUACUCGUGCCUGAUAUCAACGUUAAUGAGAUUCAUCUCAUUUCUCAUUUACCGAUAUCCCAGGAUAUGUAUGAAAAAUUCCAGAAGGAAACCUCAAAGGAUGAUCAUCUCCAGGAUCUGCAAAACGCCAUAUUGGAUGGAUGGCCGAAGGAGAAAAGUGAUGUUUCUCACAAGUUAAGACCUUAUUGGACAUUUAGAGAUGAAUUAUCUGUCAUGGAUGGACUUCUCUACAAGUCAAGUAAACUAAUUGUACCAAAAUCACUCCAGAAUGCAAUGCUGGAUAAAAUUCACGAAUCACAUAUUGGCAUAGUCAAAUGCAAAGCUCGUGCCAGAGAUAUUCUAUUCUGGAUAGGGAUGUCAGCGGACAUUGAGGACCGUGUCAAGUCUUGUGGACUAUGCGCACAACAUCAGAAUAUCAAUGCCAAGGAGCCUAUGCUGGUACCUGACAAACCUGACCGACCUUGGUCAAAAAUUGCUGCUGAUCUGUUUGAAUAUGAAAAUCACCAUUACCUGCUUGUUGUUGACUACUUCUCGAAAUGGCCUGAAGUAAUAAAGCUAGACAACUUAUCAAGCAAAACAACUAUCACCUGCUUGAAAGGACUUAUUUCAAGAUACGGGUUCAUUGAUGAAAUAAUAUCCGAUAACGGACCCCAGUUCUCAUCUAUGGAUUUCAAAGCUUUCUCGACGGAGUUUGGAUUCAAACAUGUCACAAGCAGUCCACACUUUGCCCAAUCAAAUGGACAGGCAGAACGGAUGGUACAGACAGUGAAAAGGCUCAUCAUGAAGUCUACAGACCCAUUCAAAGCUCUACUGGACUAUCGAAACACUCCUUUGGACAUUGGAUUAUCACCAGCACAACUUUUCCUUAACCGGCGACUGAAAACAUCACUCUCAACCUCUGCACCAUUAUUAAAGCCACUUGGGAUGGACACCAAAGAAAUCAAAUCGAUCCUAAAAAAUCGCCAACUGAAAACCAAGAUCCAUUAUGACAAGCAUGCAGGACAAGGAUUGGAACCUCUUAGAGCUGGCGACCCGGUAUUCAUAUACACAGAAGGAAGUUGGAAACCUGGGCAAGUUCUUGAACGUCACUCUUCACCUAGAUCGUACGUUGUUCAAGCAUCAGACGGAAGGAAGUUGAGACGAAACCGCAGAUAUUUACGGACAACUCGUUAUCGUGCUGCUCAAACUCAGGCUAAUGGAAAUGAUAAUCGCAUUGAAUAUCCAUGUGUUAAUCCUGAAACUGUACAUGACCAUUUAGAUGAGCGUGACAUGGACAUUCGUAACACUGCCAAAACGAACAUCCAACCGGUACCACCUCAUUGUACGCGCUCUGGAAGAGAAGUGAGGCCACCAAAAAGGCUAAAUGAUUAUGUUGAAUAA